AUGUCAGCAGGAAGAGGGCCAUCGAGAUCCCUUCUUGUCACUGUUCCUACAGGCCCAGCUGGGAAGGAGGUGGGUGCUGCUGUGAUAAUAGUGUCAGAAUAUCAUAAUGACCUCUACCAUUGUUUACCCAGACAGCUGAACAAUAACCAGAUAAGAAUUAUUCCAAGAAGAGCCUUUGAAAAUCUGAAGAAUCUCAAAUAUCUCUUCAUAUAUAAAAAUGAAAUACAGGUAAUAGAGAAAGAGGCUUUUAAAGGACUGAUAUCGUUAGAAGAGCUAUAUCUUCAUUUUAACAACCUGGAAAUACUUGAAUCUGGCAUAUUUAAUGAUCUACCAAGUCUUCAGAGAUUGUUUCUCAAUAACAACAGAAUAUCGAAGAUAAAGCCAGGAGCCUUCAAGCUGCUCAGCAGACUACGUCUGGACUCCAAUGCCCUGAUCUGUGACUGUGAACUAGCCUGGUUGGCAGAGCUUCUCUGGGAAUACGAGCAGCGUGGCAGCGUUCCAGCAGGUGCCAUCUGUGUGCAACCCAGCAACCUACAGGGACGGACUGUAACCACGGUACCCAUACAUGAGUUCAGCUGCAUUAAACCAGUUUUUGUGAUUGAGCCAGAGGACACAGAGGUGUGGAGCGGUCAGAGUGUCACCCUGGAGUGCAGUGUGUCUGGGAUCCCCCCACCUCGAGUCACCUGGACUAGGGGGCCCGAUCACUUACCAUUGCCAGAUAGCCAGAGGUACAGAAUCACCCCCUCAGGGGGGCUCUUCAUUGAGGGAGUCAUUGUCAAUGAUCAGGGCGAGUACAUCUGCACAGGCAGCAACAUAGAGGGCUCUGUCGAGGCCUCGGCUCUCCUCAUCAUACAAGAAGCGCCCCGAUUCUCUGCACUCCCCACUGACAGCACAGUGUUGAUUGGGCAGAGUGUCGAGUUUAUCUGCUCUGCAGAGGGAACCCCCUCAGCCACCAUCGCCUGGACAAAAGCAGGUGCUCAGAUAAGUGACCAGCGCUACACUGUUUUGUCAAGUGGUACCCUAAGGAUCGUUGAUGUGGCAGAGCAUGACCAAGGCCAGUAUGAGUGCCAUGCUUCGAACAGGGCAGGGGCAAACUUCACUGCAGUACAGCUUAUAGUGCUUCCUGAAGUGAGUCCGGUGUUUGUGCAGACCCCAGGGGACAUUGUCGCUGACCUCGGUCAAGACAUUCAGAUACCAUGCUCUGCCAUGGCCAUGCCUCUCCCCGUGAUCACCUGGUCUAAAGACGGUGUCCAGAUUGGGAACAGUGGAAAGUUUCUCGUCAGUCAGAAGGGAUCUCUGACUAUCCGAAAUGUGGGAGAAGUGGACCACGGACAAUAUGAAUGUACUGCUCGCAAUGCCUUUGGGUCAUCCAGCAGUCACAUGAUUCUAACAGUCCUGAGUGUGAGGGGAGACUCGGAAGUAAGCCGAACUGGAGACAGCUAUGUUGAGGCAGCAAUCCAGGAGGCCAUUAAAAAUAUUGAUGAUGCAAUCGAUUCAACGAAAAAACAUCUUUUUAGCAUUCGCCCCAAAUCCCAGAACGACCUUCUGGCACUGUUCAGGUACCCCCGGGACCCUGACACUGUGGAGGCUGUGCGAGCCAGGGAGAUCUUUGAGAGGACGCUGGAGCUCAUCCAAGAGAAGGUUGCAAAGAACCUGAAUGUGACGUACAAACAAACCUUUAAUGUUUUGGUUUCUCCAAAAUGGUUGCAAGUCAUAGACAGCCUGUCAGGCUGUGCAGCCCAAAGGAGAUCCCCUGACUGCUCUGACAUGUGCUUCCAUCAGAAAUACAGAACACAAGAUGGCAGCUGCAACAAUCUCCAGCACCCAAAGUGGGGGGCAUCUGCAACGGCCUUCGAGCGGCUCCUAAAACCAGCCUACAAGGAUGGGUUCAGCUUGCCACGGGGCUCCAGAGAGCACACAAGUGACAACCAGCAUCCUCUCCCACUAGCCCGUCUGGUGUCAACCACAGUGAUGAGGUCAGAGACAACGACUCUUGAGAACCAGUUCACGAAGAUGCUGAUGCAGUGGGGACAGCUUCUCACCCACGAUGUUGUUCGGACUGUAGCAGCGAUAAGCAAUUCCCGCUUUUCAGACGGGGCACGCUGCAGUGAAGUCUGCACGGAAGACCCGCCCUGCUUUUCUAUCUUGAUCCCAGAAAAUGACCCUUUUGCACAGGGCAAGAGAUGCAUGCCAUUGUUGCGCUCUAGCCCAGUUUGUGGAAGUGGCGAGGCAUCUCUGUUCAUAAAUUCUGUGCUCCCGAGGGAGCAGAUGAACCAUCUGACUUCCUACAUUGAUGCCUCAAAUGUGUAUGGGAGCAGUGAGCAUGAUUCACAGAAGCUAAGAGAUCUGACUAGCAAAGGAUUCCUCAGGAAAGGGGAUGCAGUGCCCGGCUCAGGAAAACCUUUGAUGCCCUUUGCGAUGAGCCCACCCACAGUGUGUCAGAAUAACAGAGAGAAAACCUCUAUCCCAUGCUUUUUAUCAGGAGACUUUAGAGCCAACGAGCAUCUCGGGCUGACAGCCAUGCACACGGUUUGGUUCAGGGAGCACAACCGUAUAGCCGCAAAACUGCUGGAGCUGAACCCAAAGUGGAAUAGCAACACCACUUACCAUGAGGCUAGAAAAAUUGUGGGUGCCCAGAUGCAGCAUAUAACAUACAGUCACUGGCUGCCCAAGAUCCUGGGGACAGCUGGCAUGAGGAGGCUGGGGGAAUACAAAGGCUACAACCCCAACAUCAACGCAGGGAUUUCCAAUUCUUUUGCCACAGCUGCUUUCCGGUUUGGCCACACUAUGAUAGACCCAGUUCUUUAUCGGUUUAAUAAGACCUUUGGGGCCAUCCCUGAAGGUCAUCUGCAAUUACAAAAGGCCUUCCUUUCCCCAUUUCGGAUUGUCCGUGAGGGAGGCAUUGACCCCAUCUUACGUGGUCUUUUUGGAAGGCCUGGGAAGAUGAAAGUAUCAACUGAGCAGUUGAGUCCAGUUCUCACGGAGCAGCUGUUCACCACAACCAGAGCUCUCAACCUGGAUCUCGCCGCUGUCAACAUCCAAAGAGGGCGUGACCAUGGGAUCCCACCAUACAAUGAUUACAGGGUCUUCUGCAACCUCACCUCUGCUCAGGAUUUUGAGGAUCUUAGAAAUGAGAUAAAAAACCCAGAAAUUCGAGAAAAGUUGAAAAGGUUAUAUGGCAUUACUGAGAAUAUCGACUUGUUCCCAGCACUGAUGAAUGAAGACCUGGUCCCAGGGACAAGACUUGGAGCCACUCUUCUGUGUCUGCUUGUGGUAGAGUUUCAAAAACUGCGAGAUGGAGACCGUUUCUGGUACGAGAACCCAGGGGUAUUUACACCGGCACAGCUGACCCAGAUUCGUCAAGCCUCCCUGGCCAGGGUCCUCUGUGACAACGCUGAUGACAUCACUGAGGUCCAACCAGACGUCUUCCAGAUUGCGGACUUCCCUCACGGAUUUGUUUCUUGCAGUGACAUCCCGUUCAUCGACCUGCGCUUGUGGCAGCAAUGCUAUGAAGGGCAGGCUGAAGGACUUCCCAAGACCUUCCCCAGUAAUCACUCUGCUGAAUUCAGCUAUGUAGACAAUGGCGCAUCUCAAAGAAGAAAGAGGUCAUCUCUACACAUGAAGCAUUGGCAUGUUGAGGAACAAAGGAGCUUUGUAAACAUGACUGCUGCUUCUGAAGAAAGCGACUACAGUGAAUUUGUGACAGAAAUGCUGCGAACCAUCUCCUCCCUGAAAAAACAGAUCAACAAACUGGAGGCUCGGCUGAAGCGUGAAGCCUGUCUGGAUGAAACAGAAACGCAAAGGCUCAGGGGGGAGACCUGGAGAAAAGACGACUGCACAACCUGCCUGUGUCGGCACGCUCAGGUGAUUUGUAAGGUUGAACGUUGCCCAGAGACUAACUGCCACAGCUUGGCGAGGGUGGAGGGAAUCUGUUGUCCUGUGUGCUACAAGUGAAAGAAAUUGUGUAUGCCAUCUAGACACCCCCAGGCACAGAACUAUGGUCAACUGAAAUAUCGUCUGAUUCAUUUACAGAAGACUUUGACCUAUGACUAUACCACAUUUUACCUACUUGACUUCCUUUUUUUUUAAAGUUUUACCUUAGAUUUUAUAAUCGAGGGCUUGAAGUUAUGGAUGCUUUCCCAAUAUCCAGACAUUACAGUUCUGAAAAGUGACUCAUUUUCAAACCUUAUCCCUUAUCUGACUUGACCAGGAAGUUCCUCCAUUUCUAUUGCUGUGAACCUGCCAAAAGAAUAGAACAUUGCAGUGACAUGGAGUGACAGCAUGCCCAGCCUAUCAGAAACCAGCAUCAGGGGUCAUAUGUGGCACAGUAAAAGCAAUGCCCUUUGGACUACAGUGUGAAGCAUGUUGGGUUCCAGUUUCACUUGUGGCAAGUUGGCGAUAUUGGCAACUUGAGUCCUCUUGAGUGUGUUGAAGUGAAGUGUUCAUUUUAAAUUGGGUAGAAAAUCGAAGGUUAAAUUGAUAAAUUAAACCAUCAUAUUGUCUUGUUUAACUCAUCAGUUUAUUGCUGUAUGUGAAAAUUAAAUUUUUUUAAAUGUUACAUUUUGUAACAAAAUAAGUUGUGUGU